CCUGAGCCAAGCGGAGGAUCUGGUGUGGGCCGAGCUCCGGCUGCAGCUGGCCGGCCCUGUGGACCUUCCCCCUGGCGUGUUGCCCUCCAUCGAGAUUUUGCACCAGCUAAAGCCGGAUGCGGAGCAGGACCCAGCCGACUGCCGGGAGCGUCUUCGGAUGGACUCGUUCACUGUUCCUCUGUCCCAGAUGACCUUUUCCUCAGGCAGCAUGGUCCUGGAGGUGACCAGGCCUCUCUCCAAGUGGCUGAAGCACCCUGGGGAGCUGGCAGAGCAGGCGUCCAGUUUGGCCAGAGAGUGUCCGCAGCGGCCUCCCGUGCCGCCGGUCGCCAGUGCGCUCCUCGUGCUCUACUCCAACCUCUCCCCGGAGCAGAGGCGGCUGGGUGGCUCCACCUUGCUGUGGGAGGCGGAGAGCUCCUGGCGGGCCCGAGAGGGACAGCUCUCCCAGGAGAGGGGCCGGAGGCACCGCCGGCACCACUUGCCGGACAGAAGCCAGCUGUGUCGGAAGGUCAAGUUCCAGGUGGACUUCAACCUCAUCGGAUGGGGCUCCUGGAUCAUCUACCCCAAGCAGUACAACGCCUACCGUUGUGAGGGCGAGUGUCCUAACCCUGUGGGGGAGGAGUUCCAUCCCACCAACCACGCAUACAUCCAGAGCCUGCUGAAACGAUACCAGCCCCACCGAGUCCCUUCUACGUGCUGUGCCCCAGUGAAGACCAAGCCAUUGAGCAUGCUGUACGUGGACAAUGGCAGGGUCCUUCUAGACCAUCACAAAGACAUGAUUGUGGAAGAAUGUGGGUGCCUCUGAGGAGAUCCUGGUGGGAGCUGGAUUUGCCUGUACCCUGGGAAGGUUCUAGAAGGUUCGG